UAGGAGUGCUUGGAUUAAAACGGUUGUUCUGCUCUUGGAGUUCUGUGGAAGUGGACGUACAAACUGGGAUAUAUUUCAGGAAGCUUCAUGAAUUCUACAUCUAUGGGAGAAGAUACUUUAAAGGACUGAAGAGCCGAGACAUAGGAGGGCAGAGGUGUGCUGCAUGGGGGCCAAAGCCAGGCCUUAUGGCAGGAGGCGCCCAGAUCUCGCUGAGCUAUAAUUACAUCCUGUAGGAGCCUCUGAGGUGAAGCAGUUCACACGGAGACACUGAAAGAUCGUGUGCCCAUGAGGUCAUCCAUGCUGGUCCUGUUUCUGGUCUUCAGUGCCCAGGCUGUGGCCCCCAUCAUAGGGCUCUUGUGCAGCGUCACAACAGCACAACAGGACAACCCCACCUCCAUCCCCACUGUGGACCCCAAGCUCUUCAAUAAGCGCCGCCACCUCUCACCCAGGGUGCUUUUCAGCUCACAGCCCCCCGAUGCGGAGCCAGCAGGGGGACAGGGUGUCAGCAGGAGGACUCGAAGGCAGCCUCAGCACCGGGGGGUGUACUCGGUGUGUGAGAGUGUUAGUGUCUGGGUGGGCGACAAAACCAAAGCCACAGACAUCUCAGGCAAUGAGGUGACAGUGCUCCCGUAUGUGAACAUAAACAAUGUUAACAAGAAACAGUAUUUCUUUGAGACGACGUGCCACGUCCCUCCAUCUGGAGGCUCGAGAUGUUUAGGAAUCGACGCGAGGCACUGGAACUCCCACUGCACCAACUCGCACACUUUUGUCCGAGCGCUGACUUCAUUCAAGAACCUGGUGGCUUGGAGGCUCAUUCGGAUCAACGUGGCGUGUGUGUGUGUGCUCAGCCGCAAAUCGUGGCAGCAGUGAAGACUCAUCCGUAGUCUGGCACACAGAACACAAUAUAGACAGACACAUAAAAAUGCCGACCGCCGUGUUUCUGCAUAUAACUUAUCACCAAGGACUUCUCACCCUCUGCACAAAGUAAAUUAUUCUUGUAUGUGUCAAAGUAUCAGGACUGCAUGUAUACACACCAGACCUGGGUCAAAGAGUAUCUGCAAGUAGUUUUAGCCAUUUAAGUAUUAACAUGAUUGUGAAGGUGUUUUAAUCAGCUGCUGUUUUUAUAAAAGAGGCAGUUUGGUGAAGUACAAGUGUUCUCUUGCAACUAUUAAAGGAUUAGACUUUAUAGUUGGAAAUUAGAAAUGUUCUCCUUGUAAAAACCAUUACCAUUACUUAAAAGAGCUGCAAAACUUGGUCAGUCUGCUACAUUUAGGAGAAUUAAUUGGCAAUAAGAUGUAUAAUAUUAAUUUAUUCCAGGUCACAUUAAAAUUAGAGUGAUAAUAUUGUGUGGUGGAAUUAGUCAGUUAAAUAGAGUUGUGUGAAAGAAAUGGAUUUCCUCAUUACAGAUUCCUUACAUUUCUAUCUUUUGUUACACAUACAUGUUUAGGUCCAUCAAGCAAGUAGAUAACCAGAAUAAAUACAAAAACAACAGAUGUUAAAUCAUCAUUAUAUUUAGUAAUGGAAAAACUGUUUACACUAACCUGGUCCUAUGUGAAAACAAUAUUUCGUCUUAUUAAACUAUUAAUCCCUGGGAUUAACAACUUUUUAAAUUCAGCUUUUUUUAAUUCCACCAAGGCUUAAUUACUCACACUAAGAAAGUUAAAAACAAAUGUUCUUGAUGGUGCCCAAAAUUUCUGGGGAUUUUUUUUGCACUGAAGAGACAAAAGUGGAACUUUUCGGGAAGAAUGCAUCCGUUCACAUUUGGAGCAAAAGUAAAACAGCUUUUCCACAAAGAAACACCAAAAGAUUGCUAAACAUGGUGGAGGGAGUGUGAUGGUCUAGAACUUCCUCGUUUCUUCAAUAACUUGUUGACUAACAAACUGAUGGCACCAUUAAUUCAUCUUUUUACCAGAAAGUCGGCCAUCUGCUCGGGACGAUGAGAUGAAGUUUCUGCCACUCAAUGGCUGCAAAAACAAAACAAAGACUUAGGAGUUGCAUAAGUUGUUUGAUAGUUUUAUACAUUUAAAUGUGACAUAUCAGGGCUGUAAAGACUUUUUCACAGUUUAAUAUGACAGUCUAAAAACGGUGGAAUAAUCUAUUGUAUUUUUCUUAUUCAUUUUCCAUCAACUUCAAAGAUAUUUUGAUGGUCACGAAAAUUGAGGAAAAUUUUGUUGACCUUAAGAUAAGAGAACAAUACUGGAAUCCAACCAGCCUUAAACUAAGCAGUGAUGCAGGGUUAUAGUAUUCAAAGACAAUUGACCACAACCCACAAGACAGAAAAAUGUUAUGUCUUUCUUGGUGCAUGUUCUUUUUUUCUCUACUGAAGGAGCUGAAUAAUUGUCACAUGUUUGGAUAGAGAAGUGAACAGUAUUCAGUUGGUUGCAGUCUAGUACUUUACCGCAAGAUAUUACUAAGCCAAAGUAAAUUUAAUGCAAUUUGAAAAUUACAUAUAUGUAGAAUAUCUUGCUAGUUUAAACCAUACUUUAAGGGCUUUUUAUUCUCCCAAUUCCAAAGUAUCACUUUUAUAAAAACAGCCUUAGUUUAAUAGGAACUUUAAUCCUUCCUUAUUGCAAUUGAGUUCCUACAAAAAAGGAAUUAGGAGGUACUAUUAAAUGCAUACAAUCCAGUAGCAUUUUCUCUGAAUUCAGCUUUCUCCUUAUAUUUUGUAUGAUGUAGAGCCUAAUCCAACCACAAAACUACAAUAAAAUUAGCCCCAAACCUGCAGACGGCACGUUUGUCCUGCUUAAACAUGUAAUUUAAUGGGUUAUUUUUAUGACCAUCAACAACAUUUUAUAUCGGAAAAAGAAUUAUGAUGUACUAAAUUCCAGAUUUGGACAAAGAAGCGGACUUGUGGACCAAACCACAGCUGCACUGCAAACCACAGCUUCUGAAAACACAGCAUUUCGGUUUACAAGUCUAUUUGACUGUAGCUUUUACAAAGCAGAGGCUAAAAUCUGUGUUGUUAAUAGCAGCUGAGUCAGUCACAGUAAAAGGCCCGUAAAAGUUUUGGCACAGCAACAGUCAAAUUUCUUGCAAUCAUUUUUGCCUCACUGUUCACCGUCUUAAAGAAAAUCCGUUUGGCUGAGAAAGACUAAUAAAACCAUUCAGCGGAUACAAUUUAACCCAGGUCUGUUAUAAGCAAUUUGUUCAUUUUUUAAAAUAAUAAAUAGUUAUGUUUAUGUUAUUUAUUAAACAUAUACAAACAUAAACUGUAUGUUUCUUGAAGUGGUUCCUGCAACUAUGAAGAAACAUCACAAAAAAACAAUAUGAGAUUUGCAUCUUUCGUUAAAAAAAAACAGACAAAUCUAUAUGUUUUUGACAGAUCAUGAACCUUAUUUAUUGCUUUGACUGGUAUUUAUGUUGAUUCUUCUCACCAUCAUUCUACAUUUGAUAUGAAACAACUUGUUUAAGAAAUAUCCAUUAAAAAAGUAAGACAGCGAA